AUGAGAAAAUUAGUAAUAUUAAUUAUUUUAUCAAUUGUGUGUAGUUUAUUUAUUGGAUCGAUUGAAUCAGUAGAUACUAGUAAAUUUAAGACUUGUAAAGAUUCACACUUUUGUAAAAGAAAUAGAGUUUCACAUGAAGUUGGAGUAAUGAAUGAAAUGAAAUCCAAACAAAAUUUUAACAUUGUAGAAGGUUCAAUUAAAUUGGUAAAGCAAGAGAAUACCAUUUACUUUGAUUUACAAGAACAAAAUCAAAAGAGUAAUCUAUUAACAAUGAAACUUGAAAUCUAUGAAGGAGGUAUCGUAAGAAUGAGAGCUCAAGAAAAAGAACCAUUAUUGAAUAAGCAACGUUACCAAGUUCAAGAUGUUUUAUUGGAUACAAUUAAAACCGUACCAAUUCAAUGGAAACAAGAACCUUCAAAACAAUCAAACACUUUUUCAUUUAAACAUGGUGAAAAGGAGUGUUGUUAUGUAUUAGUACAAUUGGUACCAUUUAAAUUGGAUGUUUACAUUAUGAAUGAAUUGGCAAUUACAACCAAUAGUGAUAAUCUAUUCCAUUUCGAACCAAUCUCUGAUAAACCACAACCAUUACCACCAAAAGAAAAAAAAUCUGAAGAAGAGAAUAAAGAAGCUAAUCAAGAAGAAGAUAAUAAUAAUAAUAAUAAUGAUAACAAUGAAGAACAACAAGUUAGUACAGAAGGUUAUUGGGAAGAAAGAUUUGGAUCACAUCAAGAUAGUAAACCAAAUGGACCAAUGUCAAUUGGUAUGGAUUUCACAUUUGUUGGUAGUUCACAUGUUUAUGGUAUUCCAGAGCAUACUACUCGUUUAUCAUUAAAAUCAACCACUGGAAAUGGUAUCAAUGAACAACCAUACCGUCUUUACAAUUUAGAUGUAUUCGAGUACGAGAUUGAUAAAACCAUGGCAUUGUAUGGUCAUGUUCCAUUAAUGAUCUCUCAUGAUACUAAAAAAACAGUUGGUGUAUUUUGGUUGAAUGCAGCUGAAACAUUUGUCGAUAUCGAGGAUGUAACCACACCAGUAUCACCAUCAAAGAAAACUCAUUGGAUUAGUGAAUCUGGUAUUAUCGAUGUAUUCUAUUUAACUGGUCCAACACCAUCAACAAUCUUUAAACAAUAUGCAUAUCUAACUGGUACAACUGCAUUACCACAAAUGUUUUCAUUGGGUUAUCAUCAAUGUAAAUGGAAUUAUAAAUCAGAAGAUGAUGUUAAACAAGUUGAUAAUGGAUUUGAUGAAAAUCAUAUUCCAUAUGAUGUAAUUUGGUUAGAUAUUGAACAUACAGAUGGAAAGAGAUAUUUCACUUGGGAUAAUAAUAAUUUCCCAACACCAGCUGAUAUGCAAAAUAUUAUUGGUGCUAAACAUAGAAAGAUGGUUACAAUCGUUGAUCCACAUAUCAAGAGAGAUAACAAUUAUUAUGUUCACUCUGAAGCAACUUCAAAAGGUUAUUAUAUAAAGAAUAAGGAUGGUAAUGAUUAUGAUGGUUGGUGUUGGCCAGGUUCUUCAUCUUAUUUGGAUUUCACUAAUCCAGAGAUUCGUAAAUGGUGGGCAACUCAAUUUGGUUAUGAUAAAUACAAAGGUUCAACACCAAAUCUUUACAUUUGGAAUGAUAUGAAUGAACCAUCAGUAUUCAAUGGUCCAGAAGUAUCAAUGCAUAAAGAUGCCAAACAUCAUGGUGGUUUCGAACAUCGUGACGUUCACAAUCUCUAUGGUUACUACUAUCAUAUGGCAUCGGCCGAUGGUUUGGUUCAAAGAAAUGCCGAUCAAAAUGACCGUCCAUUCGUUUUAUCUCGUGCAUUCUAUGCUGGUUCUCAAAGAAUUGGUGCCAUUUGGACCGGUGAUAACUCUGCCCAAUGGUCACAUCUCGAAAUUUCAAAUCCAAUGCUUUUAUCAAUGAAUUUGGCCGGUAUAACAUUUAGUGGUGCCGAUGUUGGUGGUUUCUUUGGUAAUCCAGAUGCUGAACUCUUAACUCGUUGGUAUCAAGCUGGUGCAUUCCAACCAUUUUUUAGAGGUCAUGCCCAUUUAGAUUCACGUCGUCGUGAACCUUGGUUAUUCAAUGAACCAUACACUACCAUCAUUAGAGAGGCAAUCGUCAAACGUUACUCUUACCUUCCAUUAUGGUAUACCACUUUCUAUCAAAAUACACUCAAUGGUGCUCCAGUUAUGAGACCACUUUGGGUUCAAUAUCCAAAAGAAGCCAAUCUCUUUGAUGUUGAUGAUCAUUAUUUAAUUGGUGAUUCACUUUUAGUUAAACCAGUCACUCAACAAUCUUGUAAAACUAUGAAAGUCCUCUUACCAGGCCAAAGUGUCAAUGAAAUUUGGUAUGAUGUUGAUACUGAGAAACCAAUCAAUGCUGGUGUCAUCGAAAUUGAUACUCCUUUAGAAAAGAUUCCAGUUUAUCAACGUGGUGGUUCAAUCAUUUCAAAGAAAGAAAGAGUUCGUAGAAGUACCUAUCAAAUGAGAGAUGAUCCAUACACUAUUCGUAUCGCUUUGGACUCUUCAAAAUCUGCUCAAGGUCAAUUAUACAUUGAUGAUGAACACUCUUUUGAUUAUAAAAAAGGUAAAUUCCUCUACAGACAAUUCACUUUCAAAGAUAAUGUUCUCUCAUUUUCUGAUGCCUCAAAUAAAAGCUCAACCUCUUACAAACCAAAUGUUACCAUUGAAAAAAUCGUUAUCCUUGGUGUUCAAAAACCUCACUCGAUCACUUGUAACAUUACUGGUAAAGAAAAAUUAUCAUUUGAAUAUGAUUCAACUCUUUCAAAACUAACAAUCAGAAAACCAGAUUUAUUAGUUGAUACUGAUUUUAUUAUAAAAUUAAAUUAA